AUGUAUCCCUAAUAACCUUAUCAGUAAUACCCUUAACAACCUCAAGUGUAUCCUCAACAGCCUCAAGGAUAUCCUCCACAAUAGCCUUAGAUGUACCCCUAGUAGCCCCAAAUGCAUCCUUAGUAGUACCCUUAACAAGGACCUUACUAAUAAUAUCCUUAACAACCUCAAAUGCAUCCCUAAUAGCCCUAUCCCUAACAAUAAUAUCCUUAGUAGCCAUAAACAUGCCAUUAAUAAAAUAAUAGCUGCUAACGUCCUAAAUACAAUAAAUAUCAGAACUAACCUCCUACAGAAGAAUAGCUAAAAAGAGACCAAGAAAUGCUUGAAAAAGGUUAAAACAUGAUGUCAAAAGGAGUGGAUAGUAUGAAUGCAGCUAUGGAUAAAUUUAUGAAUUUUAAUAGCAAUGCUACUCAAUAGUAAGUAGGAGGCAUGCCUGGAGGUAUGUAAGGAGGAAUGUUCGGAAUGGGUGGCAUGUAAGGAGGAAUGUUCGGAAUGGGUGGCAUGUAAGGAGGAAUGUUUGGAAUGGGUGGCAUGUAAGGUGGAAUGUUUGCAAAUAAGAACAACUAAAGUGAAGCUUCCAAUAAUAAUAGUUUAAGCUAAAGCUCUUAUAACUCAAAAAAUCCUUACACUAACAGUUUACCAACUGCAACAAACAGAAGUGAAGUAAAAGGAAAAGAUGAUCACGAAAACUCAACAUUUUUUGAUCACCUGUAAUAGUAGGGUGUUAAGAGUACUCCUGUUUAUCCUCAUUUGAAUAGCAUUAAGAUUUAUCACACUGAUAACAUGAUAGUGGGUAUUGAAUGCACAUACAAAUUUAAGGGUGAGAAUUCUAUUGUAGGACCAUUUGUUAGUAAAGGUACUUUUAAUGGAGAUGUAUAAACAAAAGAAUUUUAGUUGUAAUACGGAGAAAGCAUUUCUGAAAUUUCAGGUAGAUGUGGUGACUCUAUUGACCGUUUGAUGAUUAAGACAGACAAAGGAAACUGUAUUGAAGUUGGAGGAAAUGGUGGCUCUCCUUUCUCAAAUAUAGUAAAAUCUGUUUAUAAUCCUCUUAUUGGAUUUGGUGGAUCUACUCGUGAAUUCUUAGAUUCACUAUACAUUGUUUAUCUUUGA